AUGAGUUUCGAGGCCAGGUGCUCCCCGAAGGCUGCAAGCAGCAGGAGGAAUGCUACGAGACAGCAACUGAAGAGAUCUUCCAGGUUGUUGAGAAGCAUGACCACAUUCUUCCACUCUGCGAGGCGCUGAAGAAUGAUACGGGCGUCCGAGGCUGUGCUGCUGAGUACGGUAACGGCAGUUGCGACUCUAACCCAUGGAAACAACCGGUGAAUGCCUUGGUGGAGAGCCUUUGCAGCGAGGAAAGCCUGCGUGUUUUCUCGGCGCCUCAGUUGCCUCAAGGCCAGUGCUUCCACCUGAACUUCGCCAUCGAGUGCGUGGCCAAGUCAUUGUUCCAGUACGAAGAGCAUCGGACGAUUUCUUCGCUCAGUUCGCAACGAGACCCUGUGCAGUAGCGUGUCGAUGGACCUAUGGCGCUGCGCUGCCGGUGUCUACGAAGGCUGUAACCAGAAGGAGCCCAUACGGACAGCCCUAAACGAUGUGAUCAAUGCCCUCUUAAAGUCCAUCAGCUGCCAGAACACUAAAAUUGCCGAAGACAUCCACAACGGUGACCAGCGUCCGACGCCACGUGCACCUGCGUCGUCCGGCCGCGUUGGCUGUGAGACCGGAAUGACGCACGUGAAGAACUGUCUGCGUGAAAUCGUCAGCCCAAAUACAGUCGCCAAUGAACUGCUCGAGAAACUGCGCACCCAGCCGAUGGACUACGACGAGGCUUUCUGCAGGACAUACGAGAGUGUGGUCGAGUGCAAGAACAACAGUCUGAGCAGUGACUGUUACACUAAGGCCGCCCGAAGUGCUCUGGCGAAGAACAUCAAAGCCUUUGACGUGGCACGCAACUGGCUAUGCGAGGACGAGCGGGCCAAACUGCGUGAAUUCGCUGGCAAACUUUCAUCUGAUCAUUGCAACCCAGAUGAUGACACGAUUACCGAGUGCUCCAACGCAUUCAUCCACAACGUCUCUCAAUCUGGAUCCGUCCUGUCAGGUGGCAUGGCAAACAAGCUGUUUCAGGACCAGCUGGAUUGCAUACAUGGCGUGUUCCAGCCCUGCAAGUCCUCUAUCGUCAUUGUUGACGACUACUUAAAAACCGCACGGAUUGCCUUUGUCACUGUUCCCGUUUCCGGUGCGCCCAGAGCAUCUGCGGGACUGCCCUUCCUGUUGAUUUCAUCUGUCUUUUUCACGAAAUUGGUGCUCGAACGUGUGGUUUCUAAUCCUAUGAGAACUGCACAAUGAGAUUUCAGCAGCUCUACAGGAAAUAAAACCACGCAGGAUCAAGUAUUGCAUAAAUAAAAUUCGAUCGUUCGAAA